GCAUCCAUUGCGUAGAAAGGAAUCAAAGUCGUCGACCGUAGGGAAAAGAAUUCUAUCGAGGGUAGGACUCUUCCCCCCCCCCCCCGCUCGUUCUCCUCCCCCACCCAACCAUAUAUAGAGACCAUACCCUUGGCCCUCUUUUUCACAAGCGCUUUUUUUCGUUCCCCUUCGAUCCCUCUACCGUCUAUCCCCAGCUUUCUCUCAAGAUGCAGAUCUUUGUUAAGACUCUGACUGGCAAGACCAUCACUCUUGAAGUUGAAAGCUCUGAUACAAUCGAUAAUGUGAAGGCCAAGAUCCAAGACAAGGAGGGCAUCCCCCCAGACCAACAGAGGCUUAUUUUCGCCGGCAAACAGCUUGAGGAUGGUCGCACACUGGCUGACUACAACAUUCAGAAAGAGUCGACACUCCAUCUUGUUCUCCGACUCAGGGGUGGCAUGCAGAUCUUUGUGAAGACCCUUACCGGCAAGACCAUCACCCUUGAAGUCGAGAGUUCUGACACAAUUGAUAAUGUUAAGGCCAAGAUCCAGGACAAGGAGGGCAUUCCCCCAGACCAGCAGAGGCUCAUCUUUGCUGGCAAACAACUUGAGGAUGGUCGCACUUUGGCUGACUACAAUAUCCAAAAAGAGUCAACACUCCACCUUGUUCUGCGGCUCAGGGGUGGCAUGCAGAUCUUUGUGAAGACCCUUACUGGCAAGACCAUCACCCUGGAAGUUGAGAGCUCUGACACAAUUGAUAAUGUGAAGGCUAAGAUUCAGGACAAGGAGGGCAUUCCGCCGGACCAGCAGAGGCUCAUCUUUGCUGGCAAACAGCUUGAGGAUGGCCGCACUUUGGCUGACUAUAACAUCCAGAAAGAGUCAACACUCCACCUUGUCCUGCGGCUUAGGGGCGGUAUGCAGAUAUUUGUUAAGACCCUUACUGGAAAGACCAUCACCCUAGAAGUUGAGAGCUCUGAUACAAUUGACAAUGUUAAAGCAAAAAUCCAAGACAAGGAGGGAAUUCCUCCAGACCAGCAGAGGCUCAUCUUUGCUGGCAAGCAGCUUGAGGAUGGCCGUACAUUGGCUGAUUAUAACAUUCAGAAGGAAUCCACCCUCCACUUGGUCCUCCGGCUCCGUGGUGGCAUGCAGAUCUUUGUAAAGACCCUCACUGGAAAGACCAUCACCCUCGAGGUAGAGAGCUCUGACACCAUUGACAAUGUAAAGGCUAAAAUCCAGGAUAAGGAGGGCAUCCCACCAGAUCAGCAGCGGCUUAUCUUUGCUGGUAAACAGCUGGAGGAUGGGCGCACGCUGGCAGACUACAACAUUCAAAAGGAAUCUACUCUUCAUUUGGUCCUCCGCCUUCGUGGUGGGAUGCAGAUCUUUGUGAAGACCCUCACUGGGAAGACCAUCACUCUAGAAGUGGAGAGCUCGGACACCAUCGAUAAUGUCAAGGCCAAGAUCCAAGAUAAGGAAGGUAUUCCUCCUGAUCAGCAAAGACUUAUUUUUGCUGGAAAGCAGCUUGAGGAUGGGCGUACUUUGGCGGACUAUAAUAUCCAGAAGGAGUCCACUCUUCAUCUUGUCCUCCGCCUUCGUGGUGGUAUGCAGAUCUUUGUUAAGACUCUCACUGGCAAGACCAUCACCCUUGAAGUUGAGAGCUCGGACACCAUUGAUAAUGUGAAGGCCAAGAUCCAGGAUAAGGAGGGCAUCCCCCCUGACCAGCAGAGGCUCAUCUUUGCUGGCAAACAACUUGAGGAUGGCCGCACUUUGGCUGACUACAACAUCCAGAAAGAGUCAACACUCCACCUUGUCUUGCGGCUCAGGGGUGGCAUGCAGAUCUUUGUGAAGACCCUUACUGGCAAGACCAUCACCCUGGAAGUUGAGAGCUCUGACACAAUUGAUAAUGUGAAGGCUAAGAUUCAGGACAAGGAGGGCAUCCCCCCUGACCAGCAGAGGCUCAUUUUUGCUGGCAAACAACUUGAGGAUGGCCGAACUUUGGCUGACUACAAUAUCCAGAAAGAGUCAACACUCCACCUUGUUCUACGGCUCAGGGGUGGCAUGCAGAUCUUUGUGAAGACCCUUACUGGCAAGACGAUCACCCUGGAAGUUGAGAGCUCUGACACAAUUGAUAAUGUGAAGGCUAAGAUUCAGGACAAGGAGGGCAUUCCCCCAGAUCAGCAGAGGCUCAUCUUUGCUGGAAAACAACUGGAGGAUGGCCGCACUUUGGCCGACUACAACAUCCAAAAAGAGUCGACACUCCACCUUGUCCUGCGACUCAGGGGUGGCAUGCAGAUCUUUGUUAAGACUCUCACUGGCAAGACUAUUACCCUGGAAGUUGAGAGCUCGGACACCAUUGAUAAUGUUAAGGCCAAGAUCCAGGAUAAGGAGGGCAUCCCCCCUGACCAGCAGAGGCUUAUCUUUGCUGGCAAGCAGCUUGAGGAUGGCCGUACAUUGGCUGAUUACAACAUUCAGAAGGAAUCCACUCUCCACUUGGUCCUCCGGCUUCGUGGUGGCAUGCAGAUCUUUGUGAAGACUCUUACCGGAAAGACCAUCACCCUUGAGGUAGAGAGCUCCGACACCAUUGACAAUGUAAAGGCUAAGAUCCAGGAUAAGGAGGGCAUCCCACCAGAUCAGCAGCGUCUCAUCUUUGCUGGUAAACAGCUGGAGGAUGGGCGCACACUGGCAGACUACAACAUUCAAAAGGAAUCUACUCUUCAUUUGGUCCUCCGCCUUCGUGGUGGGAUGCAGAUUUUUGUGAAGACCCUGACUGGGAAGACCAUCACUCUGGAAGUGGAGAGCUCGGACACCAUUGAUAAUGUCAAGGCCAAGAUCCAGGACAAGGAAGGGAUCCCCCCUGAUCAGCAGAGGCUUAUUUUUGCCGGGAAGCAGCUUGAGGAUGGGCGUACCCUGGCGGACUACAACAUCCAAAAGGAGUCCACUCUUCAUCUUGUCCUGCGCCUUCGUGGGGGUGCUUCUGAGCAGUAGUGUGUUUUCAGGGUCUGCAUAAGUUUCAAAUCUGGUACUGGUGUGGUGUCUCCCUUUGGCUUAGGAGAAAACUUGACGUUAGUAGUUUGUCGUUUACGGGUGAAUGCUCUGUCAGACUUUGGAUGCUCGUUUUAUGUGUGAUUUGAAGUUCAGUUUGAAUGUUCUGCAAACAUGUAGGUUUAAUUCUAUAUAAUAAGGCAUGCUACCAUAUUUCAUAUGCUGACUUAAUGUGAUGCUUAAGUUGUUUUUAUUUUCUGAGCUUCCCAUGGCUGUCAAAUUUUGAAAUAAGGUGAUAACGUAGUGGCA